ACAAAUUGAUGAAUACUGCCCGGGUUCUGGUAAGCUCUUCACUACCUGUAGCCUGCCGACUCUUCACACUAGUUACAUAUCCCGGUCGAAUGGAUGUAUAAUAGUAAUAAUUAUCAUAAUUAUUAUAAUUAAUUUUAUUUGUAUAGAACAUUUGUAACAUUCAUGCUCAAAUCGGACAAUCGUAUAAUACAACAUAUAAAAUUGAUAGUCAUUGUUUUUUCUACCCUCCCAAGGUCAUAGCCCCAUUUCUUACUAAAUUUACUUUCCAGAAAACUGUAAAAAAAACUCUAUUAAAAUCUUUUUAAUGCUAUAAGGUGGACAGGUUAUAGGCCAUACUGUUUGACCAGAUCAGGGCCAUGGUCAAUUCGAACAACAAGGAUAUGGAGGUACUGACAAUAUAAUGCUUUUUGUUUUUAAUAGUUAAUCCAUUUUUAUUAUGUUCCCGAUUUGUUUUCAGGUUCACAAAUUGAAAAUGGCGGGGUUGCAUCCAAUGCUUCUCUUUGGGAGGGAGAAGAAGGGCUCUGUGUCCUGUGAGUCAAUCAGUGGCCUGGAGCUAGAUUCAGACAACGAUUACAAGUCCUUGAAAAUCAUAGAAGGACUGUAUGGAAGCCUUGUGACAGUGAUGGUUAAAAGAGAGAGGGCCAACCCAUUAACUCCGGUGGACCCAGAGGGACCGAGGGAACUUGCUGAAUCCCCUCUUCAUCCAGAAGCCACGGAGGAGGAGGGUGAGGAGGGGGAGGAAGGGGAGGAGGGGGAGGAGGAAGAGACAUUCAACCUCUUGUUGACACCUUGUGACCCUGCACCUACAGCUCCUGCCACAGCCCCAUCCACCUCGCAUUCACCUCCUGGACCAAGUUCCCCACCCUCAUCUCCCCCGCUCUCCAACUCAAAAGAGAGCUUUCCACCAAAACAUCCCGGUAAGACUCUGCAAAUCAACCAUUUACGUAAAACAAGACCCUGCACCUACAGCUCCUGCCACAGCCCCAUCCACCUCCUAUUCACCACCUGGACCAAGUUCCCCACCCUCAUCUCCCCCGCUCUCCAACUGCAGAGAGAGCUGUCCAGCAAAACAUCCACGUAA